GAGUUAAACCGCGGUAGUAGUACGCUCGACGUCAGCGUGGACGUUCGACGUUUCCUCUCGAGUCAGUAUUCUUCUUCUUUUCCUUGAAAUUCACACGGUGCAAAUCAGUUUUCGAGUGAUUUCUUAGCAUGGACUUGAUACCUUUGGGAAACGAGAAGGGAUACUUGUGCGCGGUGAAUUAAUCGCGUUGAAUCGUUUUGUUUUUCUUUCUAAUCAAGCACGGACAAAUAGAGUUAACAAGGACAGGGUGGAAGGAAAUUCUGCAGCCGCAAUAUCGUAACGUUAUUAAGAGUGAUCAUCGACGUUGCAGAACUUUUCCGCAGACGCGAGGCAACUUUUCCGCGGACAAUGGGAACAAUGAGGAACAAUUUCGCGACGGUCUUUGUGCUUCUCCUCCUGAUGCUCUCAACGAGUCAAUCUCUUCCUCACGGCUACGAAAAUUCCUCCAAGAGAAACAGUUUGGCCGACGAUUUAACCUCGGAUGAUCGAACGGCCUUGUAUCCGAUUUACAACUGCCUCUUCGUCGAUCCGGAUCUACCGAUCUGUGACGUGGAAUUGAUGUUGAAUUCGGACGAGAAGACGACAGAACGGACGAAUGAUCAAUAUUUCGACAAAGAUCUUGUGACACGCUCGAGGAGAAACGCCGACGUUUCAGCGACGGCACGCGUCGUAGUUUACGCGAUAGAGGGUUGUGUGCCAGCUAGGUUACCCUUUUCGUUACCCUCCUGCAACGGAAUUUCCUUGAACAACAUCGUCGAUGUGAGGAGACUACGACCGUUUGCUGUGAAGGGUAUGACACAACCUCCCUAUGUGUUUCCAAAAUUCAAUUAUUCCAAAUGGAUACGAAUGAUGGCGCGAUUACACAGUCGCGUUUCGUCGAAGAAACAAGACAUAUUCAAUGUUUCGUUCCAGGAAGAAGAAAGUAGCAUUCCUAAAGAGAUAUCCGCUGAAAAUUCUUUGGAGGAUCGUAGAGAAGAGCUGAGGAUUAUGCCGAAAGGGUCAGCGCCGACCCACGGUACCAGAAAAUCGGAAGUGGACGAGUCAAGAGAGUCUUCCGCUUCAUCAAGCGUCGAAAAUAUUAAUAACGAUUCACAAAUUACGUUAACGACGAAGUCUGAGAAUUUUUCAAGCAAGAAAAAUUCCCAAAAAAUCGAGAAGAUGAAUAAACGAAGGGGAGAUGCUUGGAAAGGAAGCAAGGAUCAAAAUGAAGGUGUAGUGAGGAGUUUCCAAAGGAGACGAAGAGAGAUAAGGUUGUCUGGCAAUGGUUUGAUGCAGGGAAUUCCUGACGAAUCUAAGGCACAAGGAAUUGCUGGUAAAUCAAUUGCACAGCGAUUUCAGAGCAACGGAGAAACGGACCAAUUAAAUAUUUCUAAUGAACAGAGGAAGCAUUCGAUUUCGACGACAGAAAUCCCAGGCCUCGAUACGGAAAAUCGUGGGACAAAAUCGAGAUUCGAUGAUCCUAGUUUCAAAAUUGAUAUGGCCAGCAGAAAAUCAUCGUGGAGAAGAGGAAUGAUGAAAGACGCAGCUUUGGGAAAGAAACAUAAAAUUUACUCGGAAUUGUCAGCCUCCGCGAGUCAAUAAAAGAAUCGAAACGUUUCUUAAAAUAAGAUCGGCGAGGAAGGUGAAUCGCAAUUUGAAACCUCCGUAUAGACUCGAAGAAUCCUGGAAUCGCGAAAUGUUUCAUUUUAUAAUGAAAAUACAGGGAUUUUCGGAAAAACCACCGAAACGCGAGCGAUUAACAAAUUCAGAGGGAAAAUUUCGCGAUUCCAACGAAAAACUCUCACGACGAAGUUAAUAUAACUUUUAAAUUAGUUGCUCGAACGAAACGUCAACGCGAUUACGUUCGUAAAAUUUCACAGAUAAAAGCUCGCGAAUAACAAUGUACUCUGUGUGGGUGUGCGUAUGAGAAUGCGUGUAUGUGAGUGUAUGUAUUUAAUCCUGUCGCAGCAAAGUUUGUACACAGAGGCGUUCGAAAAAUGGCCAACCAUUUGCUAAAAGUGCAAACGUAUUUCAUGGCACACGAUCAUUUCUAUCAUCAUUUAUACAAUGUGUCUGCACCAUAUGCAUACCAUUUCAUUAUUCCUUAAACCAUUGAAAAAAAAAAGAAGAAAAAAAUAGUUCACGCUAGAUUACACAAAA